AAAUACUUUAAAUAAUAUUGUAGUACUACAAACAAAUGUAGGAAUAUGCGAUAUGUAAGCUCCAAACUGAAAUAAUAAGGGUCUUGAUACUAAUGACUUGGCACAGUGGGGCCCCACUUUGAGACAAGAGACCAUUAUAUCAGGUCAUAAAGCAGUACCCACCCUACGGCCCUGAUGAGCCUGGAGCUUUUGGGGGUUUCGGGCCUCAGGGAAGACCCAGCUGGUAGUCUAGCCUUGUCUAUCUGGUACAGUAAUGUCAGGGUGAUGGGGCCAGACAGUGUCCCAGGUCCAGCUGUGCCCUGGCGGAAGGUGCUGUGGGAACGCCAGCCAUUCCCAGAUAACUAUGUGGACCAGCGGUUCCUGGAGGAAUUGCGGAGGAAUGAGGGCAUCCGGCAGUACCGCUACUGGGCUGUGGUGAAAGAAGCAGGCUUUGUGGGACAGCAGCUGUCCUGUGUGGCCAUUUUUAUCACCCUUUGGCUCUACAUGGAGCAGGGUCUGCUGCCCCCUGAGACGCUGUUGUGGACCAGCCUGGUCUGCGCCCUGCUGGGUUAUGGACUGCACCAAGCCUUGACGUCUCAAGUUGAAUCAGGCUGUGAGCCUCGGACCCGUCUGGCUGACUUACAGAGUGCCGCUAUUUUUCUUUCCUUCACCUUUGGAUUCUCACCAGUUCUAAAGACACUAACAGAGUCUGUGAGCACCGACACCGUGUAUGCCAUGUCUGCUGUGAUGCUGCUGGCCCACCUGGUGUCAUUCCCGUACGCCCAGCCCUCACCCCCUGGCAGCCUCUCCCUAAAUGCAGCCCUGUUUGCCUCAGUGUGUUUAGCCUCGAGGUUGCCCGGGGCUCUGCACACCUUUGCCAUGCUCAGCUGUGCCCUGAUGGUGUUUGCCCUGUGGCCCUGCCUUCUGCAGAGGUUGAGGGAGAACGCCCCUAGCCAGUUUAUGGGGUUGUGUGUGGUUGUGUGUAUCGGAGGGGUAAGUGGCCUGGGGUCCCAGUCGCCAGGGGGAGCCGUGCUCUUAGCCCUGGCCUUGGGGUGUGUUACAUUGCUCUGCCCGCUUCUGCUAGUGAGGCUGCAGAGACACAAGGACAACAUCCAGGGACCCUGGGAUGAAGCUGAAAUUCACGAGGACCUCAGCCACUUCCUUCACUAAUGGACCGAGCAAAGAGGAGCACAUGGUGCAAGCCAAUUGAGAAUUUUAUAUGAAUGAAUUUACUGUCAGUCUGCAGUAUUAAGUUGGUGCUGUACAUCUAAACUAACAAACUCUUUUAUCAUUGGUCCACAUCUGUUUAAAGUAUAAAGUAUAUCUUCUGCUUCUUCUGCUUCUGCUUCUGCUUCUGCUGGGACAGCCCUGACAACAUGUCUCUCGCAGAGAAUAUGAAGAUGCUUUUAAUGUCCAAGCUGCUAUUGUCUUAUAAAACCUCAGGAUUUUAUAUAAAAGGUAUCAACUAAUGUGCAAUGCUGACUCACAUAACUGGACACAUUCUGAUGCUGUGCACCAAUUUGCUGUCAGUGAUUUUUUAAUAAUCUGUUGGAGACGUUGCAUGCGCUUGGUAUGUUGUAGAUGUGUAUGAAUGAACAGGCGUCUAACACAGUGUCUUCCAAACUAUGUUAAAAUCAAACAUUACAAGUACAAAUUAAUAUUUUAAAUGGUUUUGCAAUAAGAAAAAUCACGAGUGUAAGUUAUUUAAUAAAAUAGUAUUGUUUAAGCUGCACUACAGUUCAAGUGUAAUGCAACAGUAAUGAAAUUAUAGCUUAAAAUGUAUUGUUGGUGAUACAUGGUGCUCACACAGUGACAGAAGAUAUGACUACUUUGGUCAUGGGUUUCGUACAGUUUCUCAAAUAAAUCAUCUGAAAGUCAAAAUUCUAUCAGAUGGGCGAUCCUGGAACCAAAUCUUUUCAAAUGGGGGUCCAUGGUCAGUUUAGGGGUCCUUGAGCUGAAAAAGUUUGAGAACCACUGUUUGACAAGGAAAUUUGGGAUUAUGAUUCUUAAAUAUUGACAAUACAGUUUAAAUAGUGUUUUGUAUGGAGGGCCAGUUUGCCUGUCAACAAUUUAACAAAACAAUAACAGCUUUUAUUUUUAUUAACCUUAUUCCUGUUGAUCACAAAGGGCGGGGAAGUGCUGCUUUCUCGGGUUCAUCCGCCAUGUUGCAUUCCCGGCCGCGCCCCUGUCAGUGACGUCACAAUGGCGUUGCUAGUUAACGAGAAACACCUGUUGAAAUUGCUUUUCAGCCCGUAUAGAGCAGCACAGCGGUGUUUGGAUGACCUCUCAGAUUUUUCAGCGUGAGCACCAUGUUCACACUCCAUGCCCCUUUUCUUCCAUUUAUUCAGCAUCCCAUGAGAGGAAGACUGGAAUUGUUGUCGCUUGUUUAUUUAUUUUUAUUUGUUUGGUCUUGUUUUUGUUUCAAAAUAAUAAAGACCAGCAAACGUUA